AUGCAGCACGAAUGCUUGUUGAUCCCCCCUACCAACUUCAAGGAGGCCGUGGACUGGCUCGAGGCCGUCCGCUCCACCGCUGGUAUUAAGCCGCUGGGUGAGGCCGUUUACGCCCUCCUUCGCGAAACCGCAGUGAGCAAUGUGAAGUUUGACUCCUUCACCACCAUCAAGUCCCACGUCCGCAACUUCCUGAGGUUUGAUGGUUUCACUGGCUUCCCUUCAUUCAGGGUCAUGCUUGACAGUGUGACCGGUUACCCCUCACCUAUGCACGCCAUCUGCCUUAACGGCGACAAGCACGACCCAGAGGCUGUUAAGAUGAAUGUUAAGGGCUUCUGUGAUGCUACCGAGUUCAACUCUGUCCAGUACGAGGACGUACACCGUGUGGUAUACGAAACCAUUCAGACCGCCCACUACCUGGUUGACGGUAUCAAGAAGACCGAGACUUACGAGGAAACCUACGUUAGCAAGCCCCUGUGGGAUGUAUCUUGCAAGGAAAACCCUCAGAAGUGCGCUACCAUGUUCAUUGGUAUUAUUCCCAUGAUAUACCCUACGCUGUACGAGUUGUACCAGUACACUCAGAAGUACUACAACUUUGAUCUGCACAUCAAGACCAAGAAGAAUGACACCCUCGGUUGGCUGUUUGAGGGUAGCGGUUUCACCUUCUACAAGGACCUUAAGGGCAAGGUGACCGCUGAGGACAUUGAAAUCUUGAUUCCGUACGUCGACAGGGACUACCUCAAGAAGUUGUACUACAUGUGUGGUUUCUGGAAGUUCUACCCUCAGUCCCACGUCUACCCGCAGGCUCACCCUAUUGGUGACGGAAAGGAACACACCGUCGGCGAGAACCACGACCCAUACGAGAGGAAGUACAGGGCUCGCAGGAUGAGGAGGUAG